AAUCAACGACGAAAAGUUAUGAGAAGUUUAUUCCGAAUAUCUAUUGAGUUUGGAAAAUCAUAAGACGCGGUGAGCCGCAGAAUUUCCAGCUUUUGCUGCCCUCACCAACUAAUCAACACUUCUGAUGUACAGUCAAUUUCUCGAGCGACACCCAGCAUAUACCUACAACAAUAUGCACACAUUUUGCACAGCAUUGCAAAACGAUAACGAUGUACAGCAACGUUGCUGAAACUUCCACAGUGGACCUUCCUACUUAUUUGAUUGAACAAACGGAUAAACACCGGGCGUCUGUCGAGCUAUAAAAUAAGUAUGAUGUUGUAAAAUAAUACAUAUUGUUAUUACUUUUAGUUACCUACAUAGCAUCGAGGAAAAUUUAUUGAACAAAUAGCGAAACGUAAAAAGGUAAUUACAGUUAACUAGAUAUAGAGGAAGUUUAGAUUUUUCGUUCACUAGUGACGAUGAUGCAAACAAAGUCAUACAUUUAUAUAUAUUUAUAUAUAUUAUAUAUAUAAUCGCGAUAAAAUCGUAAAUCUUCGAUAAGUGAAAGACUAUAUACUAUUUAUGUUAUAUCAAUUUUUGACAGCGCCAGUUUGUAUCGUGUUCAGUUUUAGUUUAAUUUGUUUCCAUUAAAACAGACCGAUCUUUCUGUGCAAUCAAACAAACAAAAAUAAUAAUAACCGAUGCCCGCGGUGAAAGCAUUGUAAGUUGUGCGUGCGAUAUUUAGGUCGGUAUGAAGAAAAAAAAAACAAAUCUAUGCCUGCACUCAUUAUUACUAAACUGGUGAACUCGAAAAACUAUUUAUAUUACUUUUUACGAAUGAAAAAAGUUAGCUACUAUAUUAUUAUCGACAUAACCCCAAAAAAAAAAAAAAAGAGAUGAAAUAAUUUCGUCGGUGAGCAGGUUAUGAACUGACACAAUUUUUUUUAAUUAUUUUAAAAAAUGAAGUGAGUGAAGUAAAAACAGGAAAAUCUGAGUACACAAGCACAAAUAACAUGGAACAAAACGGAUUAUUCAUUUAGGAGCAACUGUGAAGCAAAGGAAACGAUAAUACGAAAAUAGUAAUAGUUUAAAGUUACUGAAAAUUGUAGAGAAUAGGUUCACCAAAAAUAUCAUAUCUAAAGCUUUACGAAGAAUGAAAACACAGUGAAAGGAUAAACUCUUAGAAGCAAGCAACAAGCAUAACUCAAAUUAUCAAACAAUAAAUUAUUUAAAAGAUGCAAAAAAAAAACAAAUAAUGAGAAAUGCAAUACUAACAGUAAACAGUAACAGAAAAAAAACAGCUUCAAUAUUUUCAAAUUUUGCAAAAAAAAAAACAAGUGAAUCAAGAUUAGUUUUUGGUUUUAGUGACAUCAUAACAUACAUUCCAAAAAUUCAAAAUUAAAUAAAUUUUGACAAAUGCAAUUAGAUUCUAAUUUGAAUAUUUCUCUAUCUAUCUUAACUGCAUGGUUCAGUACCAUAUAUUCUCGUUUAAAAAAAAAAAAAAAAAACAUGAUUUUCUUUUUAUUAUAAAUCGCCUUGUUCUGGUACACGAAGCUGGUCACUUCUGUGUACCCGAAUAAAGAAACAGCUUUCAUCUUGAGCCUGACCAGCCUAAGGUGGGAGUAACGUUUUAACUUUAGCUUGUUUUUGUCUCAUUUUCACUUACCAAAAUUCUUCCUUUAUUCAAAAUAAUCCUUUUCCUCGAGCUCUAAAACUAAACUAAACUAAAAUACUACGAUUAAAAAUUGUCGUUAUGAGAGCGCGGUGAAAGCCCGCAACAAAAAAAAAAUAUAUAUAUUUAUUUAUUUAUUAAAGAGCUGCUAGGUGAAUAGGCUCAAAAUCCCUAGCAGCCUGCCCUGCUAUGCGAAUAGGCUAAAAAUCCAUAGCAAGGCAUAGAAAUUAAGAAAAAUAUAUUCCUGGGAGCCAUGUUAUAAAAUAUAGUAGAAUAGGGUAGCAGGCCUGCACCCAAUCAAUAAAUAAAAUAUUAAAAAUAAUUGGAUGGAAUUUUGCCCCAGAUGCCCGAACCAAAAUGGUUAUCGGAUGCCCGGGUGAAUAAGAAGUGCACGGACUCUAGCGUCUCGUAGCCAUAAUAAGUUAAUUUUUUUAAUACCCCGGAUGCCUGGCACUUUAAAGAUGACCAGAAGGACGUCAUAAGAUUAAUAAGAGAUUUAAACUUUAAUCCUUUACGAUCAUUUUCAAUAACUAUUGUGUAAUAAACAUAAUUAUAACUUUAUAAUACCAUAAAAAUAUUACAAAUUUUUAUAAUUAAACACAACAAACAGAAAAGCAGUCCAAUUAUAUACCUUAAAUUAAGUAAUUCAUAACCUAAAAUUUAUACACUUAUUAUUAGUUAACAUAAUAUACCUUUUCAUUGGUUUACUAAUCCUAAUUCCUAAUUAUAUUUCAAUUCGUUUUAAUAUUUUCAUCUAAAUUAUCUUUAUCCAAAUUUAUUCAAGAGUACCAACACAUAUGUAACCAUAACAUUACAAAAUAUGACAUGAAAAUAAUAAACAUAUUUUCCUUAUUUUCACAAACAAAAACAACAACCAAACUAAAACAUUACAUGACAUUAAAACAAACGAAAAAAAAUUAACCUAACCUAAACUUAAAAAAAAAACACAGCAAACAGUUUUUUCAUAGUCCCGAAGUAUGUGCUGAACAGUUCUGCUAAACCUAACUUUUGAUAAUAUAAAUUUAUGUGUUUAUGUAACUUAGAAAUAUUGUAUUCAUAUAUUUUUGUUCUCAUCCGAUUGUACUUAGAGUAUAGUCUGACAGAGCAACUAUAUCAAUGCAAAUUCUACCAAAUUACAUAAUCAUUGUCUCACUAAUUUAAAAAAAAAACUCAAAAUCUAAUACAUAUUUUUCAAUUUUAAAAAACAUUUAUAAAACAAAUUACUUCAAUCAGUCAUAAACCGAACAGAUUAGCAAAAGAGUCAUCAAUAACACUGUAAUAUUUUCUUAGAUUCAUUUUUUUAAAGAUCAUGUAAUAUUAUUUUCAUUUAAUUAUAAUCCGAUAACUUUCACAAUACUAGCAACAACAACAAAAAGUUGCAAAUAAAAUACAGAAUAAAAAACACAAGACGAAUCUCACAUCUUAAAACAAAAAAAAAACGUUAUAAAUAUCUAUAAAAAUAUUUUUCUAAAAAAAAAAAAAAAAAAAAAAAAAAAAAAAAAAUUUUAAAUUUAACUUUAAGACCUCCUAUAACAACAAUAAAAAUAGAUAUUAAAAUAAAUGAAAUAUAAGAAUAUUGAACAUUUAAGAAAAAAAAAAAUUUUUUUUUGUUUAUUUUUCUUUCGCAAAUGACUAAAUUAUAAUAACCCAUAACAAAACUUAUUCAACUUAUAACGAAAACAAAUUACCACUAAUUAAAUAGAACUAAUUAUGUAGAUUAAUUAUAACACCUAGAAUUCGAAUCAUCCUUAAGUACAAAACCAAUUUAAAAACCUUAGCCAACCCUACAUUAAUUACAUAAAUACCUUUCAUCAAUUGCACAUUUAUUAUCUUUAAAGCAAAAUCUUAUCCUAAUAUAUGUGAUCAAACACAUAUAUUCAAUCAAAAAUAAAAAAAAAAAAACAAAUUCUUUUUUCAACACAUAGCGAUUCAACGUUACAUAACUUCAAAUUUCUGGACAAUCUUCAUCAUCCACAAUAGAUUGGAGCGUUGGAAAAAGAUUACAGACAUCUCAAUAAAUAUCUGAGAUCUUUACCCAAUAAGCACCAAUGGAUUGGGACGAUACGACGAAAAUUCCUAGCUACACCACUAACUACUAUACCACAACACAAAAUUAAAAAAAAAAAAAAAAAAAAAAACAAAACAAAAUAAAAAUAAUAAAAUUUUCAAAAAUUACUGUCAACGUUCGACAAAAAUCGACAAAUUAAAAAUAUAUUUUUAGGCAUGUUUUCGGAUAUGAAAAAAUUUCAGAGAUAAAUCAAUAAGAAUUUCAAUAGUAGGAUCUGAUUUCGGUAUUUCUGAUGUAGAUUUCGAAAUAAAUGUAGAAGAAAGUAUAUAUUUUAAAGAAUAUUUGAACAACAAAUUAAAAAAAAAAACAAAAACAAAAAAAAAGCUGCAUCAACAUAUUAAGGAAAUAAGAUAAUGCAUCUUUUACAAUUUUUCUACAUAACCAAUUACAUGAAUAUAAAUUUUUAACAAAUUUGAAUUUACAAAAUUCAAAUUUUUCCCUAAGAGGGGUGGUGUAAUGGACUUAUUCCAAGCACCAUUUAGAAUAUAAGUAAAUAUAAAACAAGUGGUGCGAUCAUAUAUCGCAUCAGCAUAAAACGUCGGUGCGAUCACCCGCUGCAUCAGCAGGAAAGGGUAUUGCUACCGACGUGUACAAUAAACUGAUCGCUGAGUGCGAUUCAUUCAAGUACCAACGUUCGUCGUGUCUUGACUACUAGAUGACACUCCCGGGUCCGGCUAGGAAGCCGGACCAUUUUAGUUACCACAAUAUGAUUGCUUUUUGGCAAAGUGGGGUGGAAAGUAAACAGAUACGAAAAUAUGGAUUUCACCCUUCAACAGAACUUUAACCCAGACAUCUUCAAAUUCGGCAUGUUUCUGGGUUAUGAUUUGCUCAGAAUCAUGCUGAACCCCAACAGCUACAAGCACUCCUCCACCUGAUUUCUUAUCAGAUAGUGAUAAAUCACGAUCGCUCCUGAACACAUUAAAGGAACUGUUGAAAACUUCUUCACUUUUAAUAUCUUCGUUCCAGUUCGUUUCCGUUGCUAAGAUGAUUGAGUAUGAACAUCCACUUAUUCUGUUAUUAAUGUGAUUAAUUUUGAGUGCACUGCGCAUCCUGUUGAAAUUCUGAGCAUAAAUCAAUACUUCAUUGACUACUGGCGUUGUUUUUUCUUUCUCUGAGCGUCACUGAUUUUGAGAACACGAAUGCUUACAAUAACAUCCAUCACACGGGAAACUUGCUGAUCUAAAAUUAUUGUUAUUGUUAUAGUUGUGGCUGCCAGCCAAAUGGUAAGGACACGAUACAGCUGAAGAGGUCGCGGGAGUCGUUAAGUUGAGCGGGCUCGUUGAAACGGUAGGCAUGAAAGAUGAUUGUGACUCAUUAUUCGCUGGGUACGGAUUAAGUACUUCGCCUCGUUGAAAAGAGAUAUGCUGGAGAUUAGGUGGGGGUCGAGAAAAUUUAUCCUUCGCUGCAGCAAGAAGCACACGGUCUGGUGGUAGUUGGUUGUAGUAGCUGUUGUUAAGAUUCCUGUGUUUCAUUAUGUGAAAUCACAUAAUGAAAGUAAACAUAUUGACUUUCUCCUCAAGGCCCAAAUAGAUACACGGCGUAAUGACGCCUUCUCCAUACAAAUUAGAAGGCGUGAUUGCGCCUUCCGCUGGGCCCCUUUUAAACGAAACCUUCCAGCUUCGCCUUCUAGCAAAGAAGGCAGUCGCAUAUCGCUUCCAACAACAAAUGCAUAAAGAUUUUGUGAAAAUAAUACUGUGUGUGAUUUUUUUGUGUCUAGAUGGAUUUCAGCGAUUUAGAUGACAACCAAUUACUUUUGCAAACGGUCAAAACUGUUGCAGAUAUUUUCAGAUGUGAGAUCCUGACAGCUGCAGAAAAAGAAAAAGGAAACCUAAAGAAAUGGAAGCGAUCAUGUUGGACGACUGACUGGCUCUUAAAGCGGCCAGUUGUGGGUGCGUGCGCCAAAUUGCUUCACGAAUGGUAGUGCGUCAUGCCAAUAGAGCGGAUGUUAUACAACGAUUUCCGUCGCAUGAACGAAGAUAAUUUCUCUUAUCUGUUGAAAAAAGUUAGUCCACUCGUCCGGAAACAGGAUACUACAAUGCGUAGAGCAAUAUUUCCUGAAAUUCGACUGAAUGCGACGAUUUACUAUCUGGCGACGGGCGAUAGCUUUCAAUCGAUGGCGAUAAUUUUUCGAGUGUCGAAAAGUGCUCUCCACAGAAUUGUUCCGGAGACAACCAAACCCAUAUACCAAGCACUUGCUUCAGAAUUUCUGAAGGCUUUUUGUUGCCUAUUUAUCUCGAUACUAAAAUGCCUUUCAAUCGAUGGCGAUAAUUUUUCGAGUGUCGAAAAGUGCUCUCCACAGAAUUGUUCCGGAGAGAACCAAACCCAUAUACCAAGCACUUGCUUCAGAAUUUCUGAAGGCUUUUUGUUGCCUAUUUAUCUCGUCUUGUUGCUAGAUCAUAACUAUUCUUGUUUGAUUGCGUUUGUAAAUUGGUUUGUGCAGGUACCCACGAGCCAAUCCAAAUGGCAAUCCAUUGCUGAUAGAUAUGAGACAGUGUGGAAUGUUCCAAACUGUAUUGGAUCAUUGGAUGGCAAGCACAUCAGGAUCAUUGCACCACCCAACGCCGGCAGCGCGAACUACAACUACAAGCAUUUUCAUUCCAUCGUUCUAAUGGCCAUGUGCGACGCAGAUUACCUUUCACGUACAUCGACGUUUGGUAAUUUCGCAAUUAUUUUCUAUUAGUACAAACGUUUCUGUCGUCUAAAUAUUUGUUUAUUUAUUUGUUACUUGUAAUAGCAUGAACUGUAAACUUUGUAUUUGUUUUUAUUUCACUAGUGCAAAUGGCCGUGAGUGCGAUGGCGGGAUCUUUAAUAAUUGUUCACUUUUUCAAUGCCUUGUGUUCAUUGAACUUGUCACCCUAAAAACCUUUGCCUGGCCGCAAUACCGCAGUGCCGUGUGUUGUGCUCGCUUAUGAUGCCUUUGCAUUAAAUCCGUAUAUUUUGAAACCGUUUCCUGGACGUGCUCUGAGUGUAAGCCAACGUUUGACGGACUAUCGUAUUUCACGCAGACGCCGUACUAUCGAAAAUGCAUUUGGUAUCAUGUCGAUGCGUUUUCGAGUGUUGCUAACUUACAUUUCGUUCGAUGCAGAUAAAACAAAGCACAUCACCAAGGCCAUUUGUGCAUUGUACAAUUUUCAUAUUAUGAGUGGCGGCUCAAUCUACUCGUCAGCAUUAGCUAAUUCAUGCAACAAUCAAACUGGGGAAGUCGUAGAAGGAGCCUGGCGUAACGAAAACACGGCUUUUGGCUGCAGACUGAGACGGCGCUGCCUCGUUAGUGAACGUGAUCGCCAAAUGAAUGCAAUUGAAGUGCGCAACGAGUUUAUGGCUUUUAACGAAGAAGGGCAAGUCCCUUGGCAGUUACAGAGGAUUGGGAUGGCUGACUGGAACGGCGAUGACGAGAUGGAAGUGAACGCAACGCAGUAAAUAAUCAUUUUUGAAGUAGAAUACUUCUCUCAGGAAGUUCGGCUACAUAGGGAUGUGAAAUGAAAAUCUAAAACCGAAAAAAGUGAAAAUAUGUCCAAUUUCAAAUGCUAAUAAAUCGGUUAGAAUUCGAUGGAUUUCCUUCGUUCUUGCAGCAAUAGAUUGGAAAAUUUUCUAAGAUUCUUCCCAAAUGCAGAUAAUUGUAAUUUUAUUAUUCAAACUAUUGUGCUAUUGAAAAUAGUCAAGCCUUGUCAAAACUGAUUGGUCGUUAUAUGAUUGCUUUCCAAGCACGGUCGACAGAAUCAUAGACCUUGCCAUUUGAAAUGUGCAUUUUGGCCUAUAUAAGAGCCUGUUUCAGCCGAAGCCGCUAAUUAUAAUUCUAGACUGCGGCAACAGCAGUCCUCCCUUAUUAGCAGCAGUAGCAGUGCAGUGAAUACAGCAGCAGUAUCAGCAUCGAUAGAAGGCCGACUGAUGCAGGGCAGCGGAUAUCAAUGGCAGCGAAUAGCGACCACAGCUGUGGCAACGGAUAUCACCAUCGAUAGCAGCAGGGACAGCUGAUGCAGUGGGGCAUUUUAGUGAAAUGCUGUCUCUGAACGAUGUGCACACUAGUAAAUGCAUCCAAUGAAAAGAACGUUCUGGAAAGCUCGCGUUCAAAAUACAUGAGUCGUCUAGUUUUGAGUGUCACGCUUUUCAGUGUUUAUUUUCCCCCAAGGAAUACUUUAUUCGCUUUGCCAGUGAUAACGAAAAGAUGUGAUCGGCAUCUUAUCAGACAUUGAAUUGAACAACAAAUUGUCCUUUUCAGGAUUAAAUAAAACCUAAUUGAAGAGUUGAUAUUUUCUCUAAAAUCAAUUUACUCUUUCAAGAAAUUUGGAACAGAUAUAUGUUUGGCUUGAUGUUGAAGCGCAAAAUUCGACUGAUCUGAUGCUGACGCAGGGCAGCGGAUACCAAUGGCAAUGGAAGCGUCCACUGCUGUGGCAACGGGGAUAGUGCAGCGGUUGCAGUUGAUCUCAAUACAAAUAUUAGCAGGGCCAGCUGAUGCAGUGGGGCAUUUUAAUGAAAUGUCGUCUCUGAGCGAUAGCGGGCACACUAGUAAAUGCAUCCAAUGAAAAUAACGUUCUGGAAACCUGGCGAAAUUUGGAGCAGAACGUUCUGGAUACCUGGCGAAAUUUGAAGCAGAUAUAUAUCUGGCUUCAUCUCCGUGUCUCAAAGCGUACUGAAUUAUCUUUUACUUCAGUCAUGAGCACGACAUCCGAAAUACUUUCAUUAUCUGCUUAAAAAUUAAUUUUUCACAUAACCAAAAUUUAAAAAUUAUCAAGUCCAAAUCAUGACAAGCAACCUACUAUAUUAUUGAAAAUGGUCAAUCCUUGUUGAAGCGCAAAAUUCGAUUGAUCUGAUUGGUAGUUAUUAUGAUUGCUUCCCAAGCACAGUCGACAACAACACAGACCUUGCAAUUGGAAUGUGCUGUUUGUCUGUAUAAGAGUAAGGAUGGGAAUAUCGACUGGAAUGGCUAUCGAUAGUUAUCAAUGAUUUCCUGCUACUAUCGAUAACUAUCGAUAGGUUUCUCAUCCCUAUAUAAGAGCCUGUUUCAGUCGAAGCCGCUCAUAAUAGUUCUAGACAGCGACAACAGUAGUCCUUCCUUAGCAACAGCAGUAGCAGUGAAGUGGAUACCAGGCGGAUAGCGGCGGCCACAGCUGUGGCAUAGCGAUGGAUAGCGCACUAGUUGCAGUGAAUCUCAACAUCGAUAGCAGCUGGGCCAGCUGAUGCAGGAACAGCGGAUACCAAUAGCAGCGUUUAGCGGCCAAAAUAUUGGCAUGGCUACGGAUAGCAUGGCAGUUGCAGCGGGUAUCAGCAUCGAUAGCAGCUGACGCAGUGAGGCACUUGAGUGAAAUGCAGUCUCUGCGCGAUAGCGGGCGUAAAUGCAUUCAAUGAAAAGUUGACUCAUUUCGACAACACAUGAGCCGUCUAGUUUUGAGUGUUAAAUCAGCUUUUCACUGUUCAUUUUAUCACACGGAAUACUUUGUUCGCACUGUCAGUGAUAACGCCAAGAUGUGAUCGGUAUCUUAUUCGAUAUUGAACAACAAAUGAAAAAAUGACUGACACGCAAGCAGCCGGGCUAUCUUUCUUGUAAAAGUAUUCUACUUCAUCCUUGCGGUCGUGGCUUUGCACACAACCCUCCUGUUAUUUCAUCUCUUAACAAUUGCUCUUCAAAUAGAAUUCUUCAACUUUAUAAAAUAGCAUAAAUGUUUUGCUUUGGUUACAUAUUUCCUUAAUCUUUUUGUUCUUUCUUUAAAUAUUUUCUUUUA